AUAUUGUGUUGCGUUGGCUAAAAGAAGGGUUAAAGUUUUGGGACAACAGCCCCACAAAAAUAUCGACUCCAUGUGAUUGAGUCAUUGAGUUUGUGAGAACUGAUAAGAAGAAUCAUUGUGUCCACAAGAAGAUCGACUAAACCGAUUGACAAGGAGAGCAAGGCUCUCGAUCAUAGUGCGCUUGACCGGUGCACGGCUGCAGGUUGCCGAGUCCGCGACAUCUGCACUGGUCCAGGCCAACUUCUUGGUGUGCUCCAUUGCGGAGGUGGACGGUUUUGACGAAGUGGGCACGGCAGACCUCUUAUGGUUGGCUUCGUCCAUCGCGUUCUCGGUCUUCAUGCUCGGCUUUGGGUUCGCGUGCCGAGACAAAGGCACCACUCGAGUUCUGGGACAUCCCGGAAAGCUGGACUGGGGAGGUCUUUUGGUGGUCUUGAUUUGCGUCAGAUUCAUGGAAGUCGGCAGCACCAUCCUUGCCAUCAAUAUGUUCCAUGUGUCGGCUCGGUCAGACCGCUUUCGAGUUGGAGGACCUAUGCUCGUCGCAACGCUUGCGAUGGUCUCAUGCGUGGUUUUCCCACAUGGAACCUGGCCAGAUGUAUUGGCAGCGGUCAUUGCCCACCCUGGACAACUGUUAGAGGCGAAAUCCCGGCUGCCGUUGUGGGGCUCCCUACUAUUGAACGGGCUGUCGAGCACAGCCGUGGUGCUCUCACAAGCCCUGGUUCGGAGCCCAGCCUUUGCAGAUCCACACGCUAAGGUGGUGCCAAAGUGGCUGUUGGGCGCCUGGCUGUCCAUGACAUGCCUCAGCUGGCUGGGGCGGCUACUUUUUGCCCAUUAUGCUGACGAGGUGAAACAUCCAAUGUUCCAACGCUUGGCCAAUGAGAGCACAUACAUCACGUACUCAGCGAUCAAGGCUGAACUGAGCUGCCCCGGAGAGGUGCCUCCAGCUGUGCUGGCAAGUCUACCCAGCACACUUCGCCUAGAUCCGAAUGCGUCAUGGGUUCACGAAAAAGAAAAAGAAGCUCAAGCGCUACCGGAUGGCCUUGCUUUGGUACGGGGCCUUCAAAUGGAAGCCGCGACAAUGGUCGCCAUCGGAGAGGGCCGCACUGGCCAGCUGUUUUCCAUCUUAGCACAAGAUCAUGAAUUGGAGGAUCCAGUGUUACGUUUCAGAAACGGUGCUUUUUGUGAAGGGAUGGAGAAAGUUGAUGAGAGUUGCAUUUCCGAGAGUGCGCGCUGGGUGCAGGAGCUCAACCUCAGCGGUUGCACCGAGAUUCCUGCGGAGGCCUGGCAGCAGCUGGGCAAAGCCAAUUGGAUGAAGCUCCGAAAAGCCAAUUUCCUGCAGUGCUUCCAGUCAGGCUCCAAGGGUGCCAGUGGCGCCGUCGUUGUGCUCACGGCCUUGGCCCAGUGCCACGAGUUGAAGGACGAGUUGACCAAAACGCGUUUCACCGUGCCGUCGCCCUCGGAGGACUUCUCGCGAAACGCUGCAGGAGCUGGACCUCUUCGAUUGCUCCAAGAUUCCUGCGGAGGCCUGGCAGCAGCUGGGCAAAGCCAAUUGGACGAAGCUCCGAAAAGCCAAUUUUGUCGGGUGCUUCGAGCAAGGUUCCAAGGGUGCCAGUGGCGCCGUCGUUUUGCUUGCAGCCUUGGCCCAUUGCCACGAGUUGGAGGAGCUCCACCUCAACAAGUGCACCGAGAUUCCUGCGGAGGCCUGGCAACAGCUGCGACCUGGAAGCUUUCCGCGCUUGAGAACCUGCCAUGGAGUGCCGCCAGACAUCGAGUCAAGCUUGCGUAGUCACAAGGAAGAUUGAGAGAAGCAAUCAGUGGGAUUGCCAUCCAGAUGCUCGCACGAUACUACAGAUGCGGUUGGGCACAAAGCCAGAUACGAUCCACGUUGUCCAUCUUUCACACCUGCGAAACGCACUUGGUUUCACGGUUCACCUUGAUCCUUCGGAUUUGCAAAUGUUUCGAGCCCGAAGCCGAAAAAA